AUGAACAUUAAUUUACGGCAAGACUCGUACUGGGGGGGCCUAACUUUGGCGCCUCCCCUACAACAACAACAACAACAACAGCCGUCAAAAUUAACCCGUCAACAAAAACGAUUGAAGUAUUUGGAAAAUAGAAAGCGUAAAAUAGAGAAAUUAUUAAAUUUAAAAAAAAAUUUUCAAACUGCUGCCACAACUUUUCCUAAUACCAAAGAACCUAAUUUUUGUGACUUUGAAUCCAACUCCUACCAACCAGUUUACAAUAAGAACUUUUCCAAAAAGGGUAAAUUUUCGGGAAAGAGGUAUUAUGUCUAUGAGGCAUCUGAUAGUAAUGCUGGAUCUACUGGAAAUAAAACAAAAAUGCUGCAAAAUGUCUUUCCACUACCAGGCCUAACAUGUGAAGAUGGCGUUAAUAAUUCCUAUGAGAAUGUUCUUAAUGACGAUUUUAUACCUUUAUCUUCAUCAUCGACGUCGUCUGUAAAGCUAAAGAAAUCAAAAUAUUUUAGAAAAAAUGUUAAUGAAAGUCAUUUAGAUUUUUUAAACAAGAAUAAAAAAGUUAAAAUAUAUGCCCCUAGUGAUAAUAAUAGCAAAUCCAGAAAACAUAGAAAGUUUAAUAAAAAAUAUGAUAAGAGUAGAAAUGAUGCUGAUACUAAAGAUGACUUUAAUGAUGAUGUUGCUAUUUAUGUUGAUGAUAAUGCUGGUGACUAUAGUGAUGAUUGCGAUGUGGUUUGUAUUGCUGAUGAUGAUGAUGAUGAUAAGGAUGAUGAUGAGGAUAAUAUCAGUAAAAAUGAUGUGAAUCAUGACAAUGAGGGGAGAUUUAAUAGUGAGACUUUAGAAAAUUUGAAAGAAAAAUCUAAAAAGAUUCUCAACUUCAAGAAGAAACCAAUCCCAAAUAAUCUUACUAAAACUUGGCGGACGGGUAAUUCUAGAAGGAACUGGCACAAUAAGGCCUUAAAAUUACUAAAAAAAUUGAGAAAAGAAAAUAGAUAUAUCAUUUUUAUGAUUAAAAGUAAACCUUUCUAUUUACUUGAGAGGUUGAAAGCCUGCAGUAAGAAGUACCAGCGCAUCGCUGGACCCCCCAAUGAGGUCGCCAAAUUAGGGUUUAGUAAAGAUAGCAGCCUGUCUGUGAAGAUUAGUGAGAAUUUCCAAAAUGUCGCAAGAUUCUGGGCUGACCUUAUCAACAAUGAAGAAAAUGGUCCGGUACUUAUAAUGUGUGGAGGCAAAAACAGCGGGAAAUCUACAAUGGCCAGGUACCUGCUCAACUGUGCCCUCAACGACUCGAGUUUUGCCGGAUUCGUCAACCCAUCCCUGGACCCCCUGCACUACGUCAGAUGCCUAAAAUUAGUGCACAGCUCCUAUCUUAAGCAUUUUGUGAAUCUGCCUCUUAUUGUUAACACAAUGGGCUGGAACCAAGGUUUGGGUCUCAGUUUAUUCGUCGAGACACUAAAAUUAGUGAAGCCCGCCAUGUUAGUCCAGUUAGACGGACCCUGUUUCAAGGCUAACUUCCCCCUCAUGUUACCAAAGAUCAUUAAUAACGAAUCUAAUUAUUUUUAUGACCUAAAUGUUGUCAGCAGUGACGAUAUGCUAUCACCAUCUCGUGGGGUCAUCAGUUAUAGCUUGCACUGUUUGAAGAGCGAGUUCUCGUCACUUAAAAAUGUUAACAGCACUUCCUCUAGGUCUAGUCUGACGGCAGCUGACACGAGGAACUUGACACUCUUUGCCAACUUCCUGAACUUUGACCUGAUCUUGAAAUCCAGUAACUAUAGCAACUGUACUAAUAACAAUCACCAUUAUUGCAACUUGCCUAUAUACAAAGUGUCUUUGGAUUCUUUGGCUCUGCACGUCUGCCACGAGCAAGUUCCCAAUUCACUAAUUUUGAGGGCUUUCAAUGGUCGAUUCUGUUCUCUGUGUGUAAUUGUAAAGUCCAAGAUGAAGGGCUGUCCCAACUUUUUGAAAGAUCUGCCGGUUUGCCAAAGUAAAGGAAUAGGCAUUGUCUACUCCAUAGACAUGAAGUCGAGAUGUGUGAGCAUUGCAACUAACGUUCCGGCAGAUUCGUUAGAAUUAGUGAAUUGCUUGCUGGUGGGGGCCGUCGAUCUGCCUAAAGAAAUGUUCGACCAGGACUUCAAUGGAAGAUCGAUUGGCGUUCCAUACUUGGACUACCAAUCAGAGAUCACUGGGGGCGGUUGCCUAACUCCUAAAGGGAGGAAAGUUCCUAGAUUGAGGCCGACCAAAUAG